GGGCCUCUGCUGGCAAUGUUGCUGAAGUACAAAGGGUUCGAACCGGUGGUGUACGAGAGACAUCCUUCUGUCCCAUCCGGGGGGCUGAGCAUGAAUCUCAGUCCACAAGUUUUCAAGGUCCUCCACAUUCUCGGCCUGGCUGAGGAAGCCAUUGCUCUCGGAAUUCAGACACAGCGCAUGGUUCAUCGGUCUGAAAUCACAGGCAAAAUCCUCCAAGAUAUCGAGGUUGGCGAACGGAUCCGUAACAUGACAGGGUGGCCAACGUGUAUUAUCGUGCGCGCUAAAUUCUGUCGCUUCCUCGUGCAGAAAGCCGAAGAACGUGGGGUCCCGUUCCACUGGUCCAAGAAGCUGGUCGAUGUCAACCAGACCGCGGACAACGUUACCGCGGUAUUUGCUGAUGUCACUACCGAUGAAGGCGAUCUCCUCGUCGGCUGUGAUGGCCUCCACAGCAAGGUCCGCGAUGCGCUGUUCGGUGAAACGUCCGCCGAAUACACCGGCCUCGUAGCUAUUGGUGGGUUUGCACCUUACACCAAAGACCUUCAACCACGUCGCCCAUACAGCUUGGACGCCGUUUGGGGCAGAGACUGCUUCUUUCUGCUCAUUCCCACCGCCGACGACAAGUUCUUCUGGGCUAUUAACAUGCCUCGAGAUGGGGAAAUGAAGGAGGAUUGGCGGACAGCAGACGUAGAAUCCCUCGGUGACAUGCUGGAUAUGCUUCCGCCCGUCCACUGGAGCGGAGAUUCGGGGAAGAUUAUCAAAUCUUCGGAAGGUGUUAUCCGAUUCGGCCUGUAUCUGCGUCCUAUUCCCCCCGUUUGGCACAAGGGGCGGGCCGUCUUGCUUGGUGAUGCAGCCCAUCCGACCACUCCUUUCCUAGGCCAAGGUGCAAAUCAGUCGGCUGAGGACAUAUAUCAUCUCGUUCGCAUGCUUGUCCGGCAUGAGCCUUUGACAAAUGAGAGCCUUGAAGAAGCGUUGCGCGAAUAUACCACCAUCCGUCGUACUCGCGUCGUGAGAACCAUCGAGCAGACUAAGAAGGAAGGUGCAGGAAGGAUUGCGAAGACCAAAGAGGACCUCAUGGCAAGAGAGGCGGAGCAAGCGAAAGGAUUGGAGAGCGCGACGUGGAAGGUCAUUCUUGAAAUGGUGCAGGGUCCAUUUGCUGGGGAGAGCGAGAUCUGA